AUGGUUAUCCGUAAAAUCACCCAAGAAUACGCCAACCACGGCAUCCCCCUACAAUGCGACAUCUACACCCAAGACGACGGCCCCAAAGACGUUCCCGUCUUUCUGUACUUCCACCCAGGAGGUCUCGUCGAUGGGAACCGUGAUCUCAUUGCGCCCUGGCUCGUCCAGGUCUGCCAUCAGCGCAAAUGGCCUCUCAUCUCCCCAAGUUACCGCCUCCUCCCACAAGCCCGCGGACAAGGCCUCCUCGAAGACGCCUCAGCAGCAUAUGCCUUUGCGCAGAACUGGAACACGCAACAAGCCAGUUCCAAGAGGAAAAUCAUUGUCGGAGGCGCCAGCGGCGGCUUCUUCAUGGCUGCUCUCAUCGCCCACCACUGCCACCCCAAACCCCUCGCCCUCUUCUCCAUCCAAGGCAUAAACACCUUUCGCCAUCGCUUCUUCAACUCCUCCACCCUCAUCCCCGACGAAGAGAUUUCACACGCGUCAAUGGCAAAGUACAUUGCCGGUCCGGUCCAGGUCGGCAACAUGAAGCCCGACGAAUCGACCUUUGUCCUCGAUAAACUCACCCCCGAAGGCGCAAAGAACCCAGACUUUACUCCCCCCAAGGCUCCGGAAAACACGGCUUCUGACGAGAGCAGCUACCGGGGUAUGCUCUACGACUACUACACGUUCAACAAUUCAUUCGUGGAUCUGGUUGGAGACGUCGACCCGGGGUAUCAAUGGGCGAAGCAGCCCGACGCAAGAGACAGAGUCGCGGAGUGGCCCCAGACAAUCAUCUUCCAUGGCAACAACGAUCCCGACGUCGAGCUCAGGGUGAGCGAGGACAUGCGCGACUGCCUGGGCGAGGACAAGGUCACGCUGAUUGUCGCCGACGGCCAGCCUCACUUAUAUGAGCUGGAAAGGUUCAUCGAGGAUGACGCUCCAGGGAUGGACGCCGUGAGGCAGGCCGUGGCCAGGCUGGACGAGAUCGUGGCCUCGUCGACAUGA